UGCAUAAUAUUAGCUGUUGUUGAAACGUGCUGCUGCUGCUGAGAGAGGGAAUAUUCUAGAUCUGUUGCACCAGAGUGGAGUUUCAUUAAGCAUAUUCAGUCUAGCUCUGCAGCAAUAAGGUUUUAGAGAAAGGCCAUGUCGUGGAAGUAUGUAAUUUUCACCUUUUUGUCGAUUGUUGAGGGAUUCAGCUCCUGUCCAAGCGUCUGCACCUGUCACUGGACUCAUAAUAAUUUAACAGUGGAUUGUGGAAGUGCUGGACUCAAUUUCAUUCCGUUGGAUAUACCCACAGAUGUGAACGUUCUGAAACUAAGAAAUAAUUCAAUUCAAUUGGAAUCAAAUUCCUUUCGAAAUACACCUGAUCUUCAAAUUCUCCAUCUUGAGAUGAACAAUCUCUAUUUGCUCCCUCAUGAUUUAUUUGCAUGGGUUCCUCGCCUAAGAGGGCUUUAUCUGUAUAAAAACAAGUUGUCCCACUUGCCAGAAAAUAUCUUCAACAAUGUUCCAAAUCUGGAAUACCUCUUGCUCAAUGGAAACCAGUUAGUCAAUAUUUCUGAUCAACUUUUCCUCCCUUUGAAGAAUCUCAAGACGUUAGUUCUGUCCCACAAUCAUCUCCAAGUGGUUUCCCCACAUAUCUUCCUGGGUUUGGAAUCAUUGAAAGCAUUGUCCCUGGCAUUCAAUCAUCUCUCUAUUCUUCCAGAGUCAAUUUUUGAAAAUUUGCAUAAUCUCAGAAUAUGUUCCCUCAACAACAAUAGAUUGGAAUCCCUUCCCAAGAAUGUCUUUCAAGGUUUGCGAAAUCUAACCUGGCUAACAUUAGCAAAGAACGCCCUCUGGGAGCUACCCCCAAAACUUUUCAGCCGCACGCCACUCCAAAACCUCUAUCUGAAUGGCAACAAACUGGAGGUGCUGCCUACAGGCAUUUUACAUUCUUUAAAGAACCUUACUUACUUAGAUCUACAUGACAACCAGCUGGAGUUGGUGCCUAAUGGAAUGUUUGAACCACUGGUUAAUCUGAACUCCAUCAGGUUGGAGCAGAAUCCCUGGAGGUGUGACUAUGGGAAUAGUUAUCUUCGCUGCUGGAUCAAACGUCACUCAAACACCGUCAUGAGUAAAAAUAUCAACAAACCUGAAUCUGUAACCUGUCACUCACCAGAGCAUCUGGCAGGAAAUGCCAUGGUGAAUGUGACUGCUGAAGAAAUGGGCAAGUGUCAAACUUUGGAGCUCAUUACUUCACAUUAGCAAGGUCAUUGAAAAUAACAAUCAUUUGAUGGUGAAUGAAUAUUCCUGAAACUGUAAUGGCAUUAUCUUAUGUCUGUGACUAUUUUGCUUCCUUUUGCAGAAUUACAUUAUUAAUCACACAAUAUCACAGUCUUGCUCAUAUCGUAGUGCAACCAUUUGAAUGGUGUUAGGGGUGGGCAUUGAAAUACUUUCCUCCCAGGUUCACAGAGCCUAGCUAUAUCAAUUUUUAAGUCAGGCAAUCCAUGGGGUUAGAUGCAUAGUAAAUGUCUCUCUGGGCCAUAUUCUCAGACCUGUGUCUGCAGCAAAAUAAGAUUCUCCAGUCUCGGUAUGCUGCAUUUCACUUCGAGCUGCUUCUCAAUUGUCUUCACUUCUUCCAAAAAUUGAACAUCCAGCUUAAACAAUCAAUUCUUAUAUUAACCGAAAGUUGGAUCCUAGUAACAGAAAUCAUUGAGGUAGAAACCUCGAAAUAGCUCCUUUGCUGAGCAGAUCCUGCUCUGCUCUGUGUGAAAACUCCUGCAACAGUAAGGACCUGAGAAGCAGGGAGUAAAAUGAGGCUUGUGUCUGGAUAUUGUGCUAGAAUUAGAUUCAUGUAAAUCAUGUUGGUCAUAUGAUUCUAACACCAGUAAGUCAGAAGACACCAGUCUAGACUAAGUCACUGAAGAGAGAGAUUUUAGAUACGACAUUACAGAACUGUAUUUGAUAACCGACUAUUUACCAGCGUUAGUAAAGGAGUGGUUCAGUACAUAGGAGUUGAAGAGUCUUUAUUAAUGAUGGUCAGAAGUCACACAACACCAGGUUUUAGUUCAACAAGUUUACUUGAACUCACAAGCUUUCGGUGAGUUGCUCCUUCCUUCGGUGAAGAUUUCAAAUGAACCUAUUGGGCUAUAAUCUGAUAUCAUGUGACUCCUGACCUUGUCCACUCCAGUCCAACACUGGCACCUCCAUUGAACUCAAGUCAGUCAGGCAUAACAGUCCAUUGGCAUCUCUGGUACAGACUUUGCCAUCACCUCAACCUAUUGAUAAUGUAGAAGGUACACAAUGAUGCCUGGAUUGGGAACUCUGGAAAUGUCAGUUUCAGCUCUCCAGAACAGCUGAGGCUUACACAUAGCACCACCAAUUUCAGCACAUUUUUAUAUGCUACAGGCCUAAUAGCUGAUGAUCUUUUGGACACUUUGUCCGAACAAAGUCCACUGAUCCAUGUCUUGUAGACUUGAGAUUAGGCCAGUCAGUCUUGUAGGUCAAUUGCAGAUUUCAGAUGUCCAGACCUGCCGGAGAUAUGGAAGACUGAGUGGCUGUUCCAUGACUGACAUCCCUGGGCAUUCAGAAGAGUCUUACCCAGGUCGAAUGCACUGUACCAAAAGUGUUUUUAGAGGAGUGAUUCAUGGUACAGUGAGUUUUCACAUACCAGCCUUCCUUCAUUCACCUCAUCUAUGGAGUUCUGCUAUCAGCUUUCUUCCUAAUUAACAACCAGCAACUGGGAGACUGGCAUAUUCGUUUUCAUGAGUUCCUCAUCACAUUUAGAUUUUUAAUUUCCUUCAGUAGCUUUUCUGUUAAUGAGUUUGUGUAAAUAUUUAGUGUGUUAUUUAAGUAGUAAUUACUUUUUCAUUUGGACCAAUAUUCACUUACUGUAGCUCCUUCCACCUCCCAGUUUCAUCAGCGUCUCAGCUCAUAACUGAAUCAGGAAUCUAUUGUAUCUUUUUUUAAAUCCCUGAUCCCUCGAAGGUUUGGAAUUUUUACCAAUUAAGUAUUGAGCAGAGCUUAAAGCCAACAAGCAUUUUUAGAAAUGCCCAGAAAAGCUGGUAAGCAGGAAGAACAUAAAUGAUACAACCUUAAAGUCACCAUCACCUUACUCUCUCAUUAGAUAGAGAUGAUGAUUUGACCUGAGGGUUAUCAUGCCUCAGGCAGAGAGAGAGGUUGAGAAGGAGAGCUCUACAUGAUAACAUCAGCCAGUGCUGGAACUGAACUCAAGCUGUUACUGUCACUCUGCAUUACAAACCAGUUAUCCAGCCAACUGAGCUAACCAAAUCCCUACUCAUUACACUGAAAUAAAAAAUGGUAAAUACACAGGCAUAUUCAUUUAGAAAAAAAUUAUAUCUUUAUUUCAAAACUACACUUUUCAUGUUUACAAAAGGAUUGAAAACAUGAUAGUGACCUUGUGAACUGGAACUGUAAAUUUUAAAAAUUCCCUAGAUUUUCUUUUAUUUCAAUUUCUAUAUCCAUCAGCCCAUCUUAUAAAAUACAUUUGGCUUAUUAAAAUUCUGUACUGUACCAUAUAUAUUGAACACAUGUAAAAUGACACAUUAGAAAUGCAAAAAAUGAAAAACCAGGAUAUAAACUGAACUCAAUGACAAACAGUUUAGCACCAUUUUGUGCAUCACUUAUAUAAAUAAUUAUGUUUCAGCACAGCGGUGCAAAUUAAUCCUGCUUCAACAUUUAGCAGAUAUUCUGGUCAUGUGUCCAAUGAGCAACGGGGGAAGCUCAGUUUUAUGAUGCCAAUUGCAACCUUCCUUCAUAACCUUUGAAUUCGUUCUGCUGUAAAAUCUCAUCGUUUAUUUGUUCAUCCACUUUUCAUUCCUGACUAGAAUAUGUGUUUCUACAAACAUUAUUAGAUAUUAACAGUCUUUCUUUAUACCUCUCAAAUAUCCUUUACACAUAUCCAUUGACUGGUGGUUGUGGUGGGAGCAGGAGGGUCAAAGUGUUUGUAUUUUCUAUUUCAAAAGCACCUAAUUCUUUGGAUAUCAUGUGUUGCCACGUCCAAACUUCUGUUUAUGCAACUUGAUUUGUCUCUUCCAUUCCAAACAUCAGUAAAUUCUACUAUUUUACCAGGUCACAUACUAGCUUUCAUUUACCACAGAAAUGGGUAGAAUUUAUGGAUUUCAAUUCAUUAUCAUGAAUAAAAGUUCCGAGUAACAAAAACAAAACUUGAUACAUUCAGCCAGCUAAGGAAACAGGUACCAUGUGCUUGCUAAACUGUCAACCAGUCAACAUGGGCGCAGUCAAGAUCUCUGGCUCCCAAAUUUGAGAUUUAAGAUGAUGAAUGAUGACGAUUAGAUUUAAAGCUAAAAUCAGGAAGCAAAUCAAGAGUGGAAGAGAAUAGUUCAAUACUAAAUUAAGUGAGUUUGAAGCACAGUUACUAACUUCUGCUAAAAUUCAAAUAGUCACACGAGAAUGGGAUGGUAUGGCUGGAACUGUGAUAUUUACUAAUGAUUAAAGUUCAUUAAAAUUCUUGAUAGACCGGAUAGAGAUAUGAGAAAAAUAGUUGAGUACAAGUAAAAAUGCCACAUUUUUGAAAUAAGGUUAACAUUUUUAAAAGCUUACAAUUCACCAAUCAAAACUGAUCAAUUGCCAAUCAUAUUUUAGAUGAAAAUAAAGUGACAGGCUACAACAUUUUGUGAUUCUACACUCUGUUAAACGGCACACAGGCCAGAGGACUGAACAAACACACUGUCAUAUGACUACAAUAUACAAUCAGAACAUAAAUAAUAGUUAAUGAUGCUCGUGAAGCAUUUAACUAUAUACUACUUAUAAUGAUCAAUGAUUCUUUAAAAUCACAACAGUGGUUAUUUACUCAGUACAGCAUUUUAUGUUUGACUAUGAAUCUUUUCCUGGGGAAAAAAAGGGCUUGCGGAAUUAUCCGGAAGAGUUAAAGGGUGUUGCUUAGAACAAAACUAGUAAGCCAAGAAUUAACAAAGCAGUCAGUACAUUUUAGAAUUUUGGUUUCUUCUGAAAAUAUCUUCAUAUCUCUGUCAAAUACAGAAUGCCUUUGUGUGCCUUUUCAUGUUUACAAAAGGAGUGUUAAUGUGAGUGACCUUGCUAACUGGAGCUGUAAAUUUUAAACAAAUCCCAUGAUUUUCUUUUGCUCCAAUUUCUAUAUCCCUCAGCAGCAAGCAGCAGCAAAACUUGCAGUAUAGGCUUGUUUUUUGUUGUUGUCACAAUGAUUUUAUUCCAUGUGCCGCUUCAAGUCACGUGGGCAAUGCAGAAGCUUCAGCUUUUCCAGGCUGCCAUCUGGGCCACUGAUCUCAACUACAAGACUAGAACAUACACCUGGAAUGCCUCACUCUCCAAUCGCCUCUUCUUAACCUGUAGAAAAAUGUGUUGUCUGUUCCAAGAGCUUUGUUUGGAACAGAAACUGCAAGCAUUCAACUUCAGUGGCUUUUGAUCAUGCUACACUAUUAAAUUAUUCUUACAUUACAGAAUUCACCAGAACAGCUUGAAUUAAAACAAUCAAACUGGA